UCCGUUCUCCACACCGUACAUGUGAAUCUCAGACACGCUUUAAGUCACCGCGCAUCGCACCAUUCUGGAUCGACAUUGGACCGAGACUUAAACAGAACCUUCAUCAUCAACAUGGCUGCCCCACCCAAUGUCACCACGACCGACCUUAGUGGAAGGUAUCUCAUGAACAAGUCUUUAAGUGACAGUACAGAUGAGAUCCUUAGACUGCAGGGCGUGUCUUGGUUCAAGCGAAGGGCAAUCGCCACGUUCAGCCUGACACUCACCGUUAGCCACUACAAGGACGAUGACGGCGUUGAGCACAUCGACAUUGAUCAGACACUUUCCGGAGGUAUUCCGGGAACGAGAGAGGAACGCACUCUCAACUGGGAGUCGCAUCCCAACUACGACGAUGUAUUUGGCGCUGUGUUUGGAAAGUCGAGGAGAGUUCAACUCGAGGACGUUGACGAUGAGUUCUUGAAGAAUGGCUGGACUGCUGAUACCGCAGAGCACGGUGGUAUUCAGUCCUAUGUGGAGAGCGAUACCUCCAAGAGCGGAAAGACAUGGACCGCAGAACAGAUCUGGGGUUUCGAGGAUAAAGAUGGCGUUAGAAGAUAUGCCAGACAUGUCAAGUUCACCAGCUCGGACAGGAAAGAAGGACCGAUCUUGGCUCAUUUGUACUACGACUAUCUUGGUAACUGACGGCUACGAUACUAGCAAAGAUCAAAAAGGAUGUAAUACCAAAUUUCUCGUGCUACAUGUAUGAUAUCCUGAUAAUAUUGAGGGAAUAAAUGACUCGUAGCAGGGUCCGUGUGGAGCCUCGCAUAUUAUUAUGUCCGAGGUUUAGGACUGCCUCGACCUAUCGAGUCUCCACAAGCGGAAUCAGUCCUAGAAUCCUCCGUUCUUGUGAGGUCGAUAUAGCAUGAUAUAAACAUAAGAGAUCAGUCAACAUUCAUCCCAACGACAGUCUGUGUAUCGGGUCGCUGCCAGUGACAGAGGUUC